AUGGCCUGCAGAACGGUACCGGCGUCGCUGACACGGCGAUUGCUCGCAACACCACGCGCCACACAUCCACCGGCUCGCUCCUUUACAUGCGCAGCAUCACGCACGCGAAGCAUCACCGAGUUGUGCCGCCCUGUCAUUCGCGUCGCUGGCCAAAGAAGAACCUUCUCGUCAACGCCACGAGCACGAUUGGCCACCGAAGACGACUCCUUCGAUCCACGCUCGGCCGAACGCGAGGUGGACGAAGUCGAUGUCCUCAUUGUGGGUGGAGGGCCUGCUGGGCUGUCAGCCGCCAUCAAAUUGAAGCAGAUUGCGAACGCGGCAGGGAACGAAGACUUUCGUGUAUUGCUACUUGAGAAGUCAGGCGAACUGGGCGACCACAUUGUGUCCGGCAAUGUCAUCGAACCUUCGGCUUUGGACGAACUGUUGCCAGACUGGAAGUCAGAAGACAACCUAAACCGAUUCGCCGAUAUCACACCUGCAAAGGAGGACCGUAUGCGCUUUCUCACAAAGACCGGCUCGAUCCCCCUACCGAAGCCGCCGCAGAUGAACAACCACGGUAACUACAUCAUCAGUCUGAACCAGAUGGUGAAGUGGCUUGGCGAGCGUGCAGAAGAAGUUGGUGUGGAGGUUUAUCCAGGAUUUGCCGCUUCAGAAAUUCUUUACAACCACGAGGGCGUAGUCAAGGGUGUGGCGACCAACGACCUUGGUAUCUCACGCGAAGGGAAGGCCAAAGACUCAUUCGAGCGCGGCAUGGAGUUCCAUGCUCGCGUGACUCUACUCGGUGAGGGAUGUCACGGCAGUCUGUCGAAGCAGGUCAUCAAAAAGUACGAUUUGAGGCGAGACAGCCAGCACCAGACAUACGGUCUUGGCAUUAAGGAGGUCUGGGAGGUCCAACCCGAGAAGUUCAAGUCAGGACAGGUUACUCACACGAUGGGUUAUCCUCUGCCAAAGGACACAUACGGUGGUGGUUGGAUGUACCACUUUGGUGACAACUUGGUCAGUAUUGGUCUCGUCGUGGGUCUUGACUACCCCAACCCAUGGCUGGCACCCUAUGGUGAGUUUCAGAAGAUGAAGCAUCACCCAAUUUAUAAGGAUGUACUGGAAGGUGGCAAGUGCAUCUCGUACGGUGCAAGGACUUUGAUUGAGGGUGGCUUCCAAUCAAUCCCAAAGCUUGCGUUCCCCGGUGGUGCACUGCUUGGAGACUCUGCAGGUUUGGUCAACGUGCCGAAGAUCAAGGGCACACAUACUGCCAUGCGAUCUGGCAUGCUAGCUGCAGAGGCAACCUGGGACGCACUGCAAGGCAAUACCGAUGGCGGUACUGUUUUCCUGUUCGAUUACGAGGACAAGAUGAGGAAGUCGUCCGUAUGGUCAGAACUCAAGCAAGUCCGCAACAUGCGACCGUCAUUCCAUACUGCGCUCGGUUUGUACGGAGGCGUACUGUAUUCUGGUCUCGAAGCCUACGUCUUCCGUGGCAAGACACCCUGGACACUCAAGCACGGCAAGCCAGAUCACGCGGCCACCAAGACCGCAGACCAGUGCGAAAAGAUUGAAUACCCGAAGCCGGAUGGUAAGAUUAGCUUUGACAUCCUGACUAGUGUCAGCCGUAGCGGCACGAACCACGAAGAGGACCAGCCAUGCCAUCUGCAGGUCAAAGACUGGGAUGCACACGCGCAGAAGGAGUGGCCUAAGUACAAGGGUGUUGAGAACCGCUUCUGCCCUGCUGGCGUGUACGAGUACGUUGAGGACGACAGCAAGGAACUCGGCGUCAGGUUCCAGAUCAACGCCCAAAACUGCGUCCAUUGCAAGACCUGCGAUAUCAAGGUACCAGACCAGGACAUCAACUGGCAGACACCUCAGGGAGGCGAAGGGCCAAAGUACGUCCUCACUUGA